UGACUGAGCCCGUGUUGCUGCCUGUGAUUUCUGGAGUAAACAUUUACCACCACUGCCCCGAAGCUAGAAAAUGAAUGGCCUGAAAAAUGACUGCCGGAGCUAGACAAUGAAUGGCCUGAAAAAUGCGUUGGUGUAGGGUUUGUUACGCAAGGACAGGGCGGCGUGUACGCAGCCGCGGUUACAGGCGGAGGAUCCUCGUACUCCUUUUUCUCCUUCAGGUAGCGUUGCAUUCACAAGACUCAGGCACAGUGUGGUUGAACUUCCCCAAGAGCCGACCGGCGCGGCUGCUGCUGCUGCUGCUGCUGCUGCUGCUGCCAUGCCACCCUUCAAGGAUGCAUGGACAGAUCGAUGGAUCACUAGACUAGCUACAGCAAUGCGUUAUAAAUAGGGACCCCCGCCAUGGAAUGCAAUUCAGUGCAGUGCAGCAGCUCCAUCAGCAGUGUCCCCAUUUCUUCUUCCUAGGCGUCCCGCAGCCCGCUGAACAGCGAAGAAGCAGAGCAUCACCAGAAUGCAUUCCAUUGCAGCCACCGCGUGCUUCCUCCUCGCCCUCCUGCAGGUGCGCCCAGCCACGGUCACGGCCACGGCCACCCCGCCGCGCGCCUUCUUCGUCUUCGGCGACUCGCUGGUGGACAGCGGCAACAACAACUACCUGGCCACGACGGCGCGCGCCGACUCGCCGCCCUACGGCCUGGACUACCCGACGCACCGCGCCACGGGCCGCUUCUCCAACGGCAAGAACGUGCCGGACAUCAUCAGCGAGUACCUGGGCGCGGAGCCGGCGCUGCCGUACCUGAGCCCUGACCUCGACGGGCACAAGCUGCUGGUGGGCGCCAACUUCGCGUCGGCGGGCGUCGGCAUCCUCAACGACACGGGCGUCCAGUUCGCCAACAUCAUCCGCAUCCAGAAGCAGCUCCGGUACUUCCGGCAGUACCAGAGCCGCGUGGGCGCGCUCAUCGGCGGCGACGCCACGGCGCGCCUCGUCCGCGGCGCGCUCGUGCUCAUCACCCUGGGCGGCAACGACUUCAUCAACAACUACUACCUGGUGCCCUUCUCCGCGCGGUCCCGGGAGUUCGCGCUGCCGGACUACGUGCGCUACGUCGUGUCCGAGUACGCCAAGGUGCUGCGCCAGCUCUACGCGCUGGGCGCGCGCCGGGUGCUCGUCACGGGGUCCGGCCCGCUCGGGUGCGCGCCCGCCGAGCUGGCGCUGAUGCGGCCGGGCAGCCGCGCCGGGGAGUGCAGCGCCGAGCUGCAGCGCGCCGCCGCGCUCUACAACCCGCAGCUCGUGGGGAUGAUCAAGGGCGUCAACGCCGAGCUCGGCGCCGACGUCUUCGUCGCCGUCAACGCGUACCGGAUGCACAUGGACUUCAUCUCCGACCCGGCCGCCUACGGCUUCGUCACCUCCAAGGUCGCGUGCUGCGGCCAGGGACCCUACAAUGGCCUGGGGCUCUGCACCGCUGUCUCCAACGUCUGCCCGGACCGCAGCGUCUACGCCUUCUGGGACAACUUCCACCCCACGGAGAAGGCCAACCGAAUCAUCGUCAGCCAGUUCAUGGACGGCACCCAGGAGUACAUGCACCCGCUCAACCUCAGCACCAUCCUCGCCGUCGACGCCCGCGCCGCCGCCGCCGCCGAUGCCGCUGCAACCUGCAACUAAUUGCAUACGAAAACAGACGAGAUUCAUGUCAUAUAUUACGCACCCAGCCGAACCCCAAGUAGCAUGCAUUGGGCCCUAGUACUAGUACGCAAGUACGGUUCCUGCUGAGAAUCUGAAAUAAAAAAUGAGCUGUAGUUCAUCAUUCA